AUGGCUAGAAAGCCGGGCAGUCUGGACCAGCUGGACGAGGUGGCUGCACUGAUCGCGGCGACGGUCCAUGAUGUGGACCACCCAGGGAGGACCAACAGCUUCCUGUGUAAUGCAGGAAGUGAGCUGGCCAUCCUGUAUAACGACACUGCAGUGUUGGAGAGUCACCAUGCCGCCCUCGCAUUCCAACUCACCGUCAGGGAUAUCAAGAGCAACAUCUUCAAAAACAUCGACAGGACUCAGUUCAGGACGUUGAGGCAGGCAAUCAUAGACAUGGUGCUGGCUACAGAGAUGACCCGUCAUUUUGAACACGUCAACAAGUUUGCCAACAGCAUCAACAAACCAAUGGCUGCCAUCGAGGAGUCCAGUUCAAAUAGUGAAGGCAGUGACAGCGAGGGCCCAGCCAGUAUCAGGAACAGCCCAGAGAACCGGCUGCUGAUCAAGAGGAUGAUGAUAAAGUGUGCUGAUGUGGCCAACCCCUGUAGACCUCUGGAGCUCUGCAUAGAAUGGGCCGGACGCAUCUCUGAGGAGUACUUUUCCCAGACUGAUGAGGAGAAGAGAGAGGCUCUACCGGUGGUCAUGCCUGUAUUUGACAGGAACACCUGCAGUAUCCCCAAGUCUCAGAUCUCCUUCAUAGAUUACUUCAUCACAGACAUGUUUGACGCCUGGGAUGCCUUCGCCAGUCUACCUGGCCUCAUGGAGCAUCUGUCAGAGAACUACAAGUACUGGAAGGGUCUGGACGACAUGAAGUGCAAGAGCCUGCGUCCGCCUUCUCCUCCGUGACACCUCCAUCCCUCCCUCUCUCCCUUCAUCCCUCCAUCCAUCCCUCCCUCUCUCAGGGCAGGGGGAGACAGCGAAUGUAGCCCAGCACUGGAAUUAAGCCCCUCCCACUGUGAUUCUACCCAGCUCCACACACAUUGGACUGUACUACAGUCUGCAGACCUUAGAGCCUGCAAACCUCAGUCUGUAGCUUGGAGCCCUGAGAAGAAACUAGGGGACUGUCAUACUGACUGACAUAAUGACACCCUAUCCCCUAUGUAGUGGACUACUUCUGACCAGAGCCCCAACCCAAACACAUUUCCCAUCUUUGGUUAUCUGAUGUUGCCUCAAACUACAAAAACAGAUUUCAUACAGAGAAUCAUUAUGAUGCCCCUUGCCAAAUUUAGCAUGGGGGGCUCUGGUCAAACAUAGUGCACUACAUGGGGAAUAGGGUAACAUUUUAGAUGUUGGGCCCCUAAUUGGACUCUACAGUCCUCCUUACCAUCUGUCCCGGCCUUUGGGUAAGGACCAACCAAUCAGUCCCAGCCUGAGGGGUGAGGACCAACCAAUCGGUCCCAGCCUGAGGGAUGAGGACCAACCAAUCGGUCCCAGCCUGAGGGAUGAGGACCAACCAAUCAGUCCCAGCCUGAGGGGUGAGGACCAACCAAUCAGUCCCAGCCUGAGGGGUGAGGACCAACCAAUCAGUCCCAGCCUGAGAGGUGAGGACCAACUAAUCAGUCCCAGCCUGAGAGGUGAGGACCAACCAAUCAGUCCAAGCCUGAGGGGUGACACCAACCAAUCAGUCCCAUCCUGAGGGGUGACACCAACCAAUCAGUCCCAGCCUGAGGGGUGAGGACCAACAUGCUACAAACCAACCAACUGCACUUUAGCAGCUCAAAGUCACUCUCAAAAUCUUUUAUUUUUCCUGUCUGUUUUUCUGCUCUCUUCUCUCAGAAAAGAGUCUGCUGUUUCUUCUCAUACUGUACCUUUCUGUCUCUCUACUGUAGUAUGUAGUACUGCUGAGAUGGGUACCAAAGCUUCAUUAUACUGUAACUUCUACAGCUAAAAGAGGAGAGAUCACGGAAUGAUUACAGAACUAAAGCAUGUAGAGAGAAAUCAGUCCACUCCAGCACAUGUACACUGUACUCACUCUUCCAACCAAACAGACAACUGUAAAUUGUAACUCCGCUUAACUUGUUCUCUCGCCAGCUGAAAGUAUUAAGUAAUAUUGAGCUCUGAUAAGCCCUGUCAGGCAGAAUCAUACAGUGUGUGUGUGUGUGUGUGUGUGUGUGUGUGGGUG